UCGGCAGUUAUCUCUUGAUACUCAAGCUUUACAGACUAAUCUAUACACAUGGGUGGCAAAAAUGAUAGCUGUGUGCGUCGUUCAUGGAGGAGUUGGACCACAUUUCUUCUCUGAAAGGCUUUUCCAGCAGAUUUGUGGGAUACCAACAUCCCCCACCAUUGUAGAUGAAGUUUGUGACCAUACCUUCAGGCAACAGUUAAUCAGAAUACAGGAAGCGACAACGGUCCAAGAGGCAAACAAUGCCAUUGCAGAAGCAGCAGACAGUCUCAGCAUUAUAGGUUCCUUGAGACAUGUCUCCAACCUGAAGGAGAAGGACUCCCUUGUCCAGUCUGCUGCAGACUUUUUUGUCAAUGGAAGGAUGCAGACUGCCCUGGACCAGUUUGUCGAGGGGUUUAGAACCCUAGGAUUACUGGAGGAGCUUAGAGAGAAUCCAGCAGUGUUCCACAGCAUGUUCGUCAGUGAGGAGAGGCCACUGCAGGCGAAGGACCUCUUCUCUCUAUUUGGAGUUGACUACUCUGUGCAGGGCAGCAACAACAGAGCCAAAGAAAACAGCACAAUAUGCUACUGGCGUGACUGGCUCAUUGAUGUCGAAGAAGGAGAAUGCAGUCCAAUCACACUUGAGAAGGUACUGGAGUUUAGCUCUGGAGCCUCAACGGUGCCUCCACUCGGAUUUCCACACCGUCCACAAAUUCACUUCAUCCACGAGGCCAACAGAGUGUUUCCAGAGGCCAACACCUGCCUCCUAAUCCUCCGCUUGCCCAUACAUAGUGAUUAUGAGGACUUCAGGAAAUACAUGAAGGAGGGCAUUCUGCAGGCCCCUACUUUUGGUGUUGUGUGAACAGUCUCUGAAAGCAACAGUUCACCUACAACAUGUGUCUAUGCAUUUGUUUUUCUUGCUACUGUUCCACUGUCACAUGUGACACAAAUAACUUCAAAUACUGUUCCACCAAAAAAACUGUUGCUGUGCAGAGUUUUGCGAUGUUUGUCAAAGUUUUAAAUAUGAUUUCAAACAGGCAUUUUAUAAUGUUUACAACGUUGACCAUGUUUACAUGAGGUACAACUUGUUGAGAGUUAAAAUUAAGUGUAGAACUGAACUGAAAUAAAUGGAUUGUUUAAACCUAGACCUGGGGUGUCAAACUCAUUUUCACUGAAGGCCACAUCAGCAUUAUGGUUGCCCUCAAGGGCCAGUUGUAACUGUAAGAUGGUAUAAAUGUAACUACUCCUUAACAUAUUUUUAAGUAACUGUCUCUGUAUUUGAUUAUUUUUUCA